CGGGGGACAGCGGCAGCAGGCCACCGAGCUGGUCGGGCAGGUGGCGGAGCACGGCUUGCUAGUCGACCUGCGGCGACAGCGUUGGGGUACUGCAGACGGACGAUCGGGCGCUGUCGACCCAUUCUCGCGCGACAACGCGGCGCUGGAGGCGGCAGGCGCGCGGAGGGAGGGAGCUGCGGAGCGCGCUGCGGAGGCGGCAGGGCGCCAGACCCCUCCGGCGCUCGCCGCACUCGCGUCGGAGGCAAAGUCGUCCGAGGCCGCCAUCGGGCUGACCGAGGAAGAGGCCGCGCUGCUCGAGGCGCUCCGCUCGUCGGUGCGCCGGGCGUCAGCGUCCGAGCCGCAGCCGCUGCGGCCCCUCGACCGGCCAUUCUCUUCCCAAAAUCAAACCACACCGGCGCUCUCGGACGUUGAGAGGACGACGUACGUCAGGGAGAAUGACAUUGUCGAGUGAGGGAGACGAGAGCAGGCGUAUCGCCUUUUUGUGUCAAACGUGACAAACUUCACAC